AAACACACCCUCACCGUCUCUUUCAAAAGGACAUUGUACCACCCUCUUCUCUAUAGCCUUUUUUCCUGCAAACUCUUCUCUAUUUCUACUCGAUCAUUUCAUUUGUCCCAUCGUUCUCUUUACUCUAUUCCUCUCCUCUGCGCGUAGCAAAAAAUUAAUCUUUGCUUCUUUUCUCUCCCUCCCAUCAACUUCACAUGCAUUAUCCUCUUAAUUAGCAUUUAAUCAAGAGCUAGAUCAAGGUUUCCCUUUCACUUGCAGAUCAAUCACUUGUUCAUUGGUUACUGCAUUUUAUAUUAGUUGAUCAGAUCGAUUAACUGGUUGCUAUGGAUUUAGAGUUUCAAUAUAAAGAAGAGUUCUGGAGGAACUCAAGGGGAGUGCAACUUUUCACCUGUAAAUGGUUGCCAUUAUGUUCUCCAAAGGCUCUGGUUUUCCUUUGCCAUGGUUAUGGCAUGGAGUGCAGUCGUUUCAUGAGAGAAUGUGGAGUACGGCUAGCAUGUGCCAAAUAUGCUGUGUAUGGUGUAGAUUAUGAAGGACAUGGACAAUCUGAAGGUGUUCGUUGUUACAUUAAGAAGUUCAAUAACAUUGUUAAUGACUGUUAUGACUUUUUCAAGUCAGUUAGUGUGCUUCAAGAGUACAUGGGAAAAGCUAGGUUCUUGUAUGGAGAGUCCAUGGGUGGAGCAGUUAGUCUACUUUUGCAUCAAAAGGAUCCUUCUUUUUGGGAUGGUGCCGUUCUUGUCGCACCCAUGUGUAAGAUAUCAGAGAAGAUGAAGCCACACCAAGUUGUCAUCAACAUAUUGACUAAAGUUGAAGAUAUAAUACCUAAGUGGAAGAUAGUUCCCACAAAGGAUGUCAUCAAUUUCGCUUUCAAAGAUCCGGCCAAACGAGAAAGGAUAAGGAAAAACAAGUUGAUAUACCAGGACAAGCCCAGGUUAAAAACAGCACUAGAAAUGUUAAGAACCAGCAUGAAUCUUGAAGACACCUUAUACAAGGUAACCUUUCCAUUUUUUGUAUUGCAUGGAGAAACAGAUACAGUGACAGACCCAGAAGUAAGCAGGGCAUUAUAUGAGAGAGCUAGUAGCAAAGAUAAGACAAUUAAAUUGUACCCUGGAAUGUGGCAUGGUUUAACAUCUGGUGAGCCUGAUGACAACAUUGAAAAAGUUUUUGAAGACAUCAUCACAUGGCUUGACAAGCACGCCAACAAUGAUGAUCCAAUUGAGAAUUGUAACCAUGACAUUGAGACAUUGACACCAGUUGUAUCAUCAGCAAAGACUAUGAAACAAUCUCAUAGGCGAAAAAGUUAUCUUUGUGGGUUGAAAGGAAGUCGUUCGUUACACCACUCGGCAAAUUAGAAUGAAAUAAUUACACUCCGGUUGUGACUGUGACCGUGAAUGUAGGUCCAUGAUGUAGCUAUAAUAUUGUUUUACUGUGGACAUCUUUCACAUUCUGCCUAAUUUCACUGUAUUAUUUACUUUCCAACUUGUUUUUUAACUCCUUGCAACAAUAAGUCAAUAGUAGAUUGUUAGGCAUGUUUAAGAUCUUGGAGACAAAAGUUAUCCUACAAGAACUUCUCUACCAAAUAUUUUGUGGGUAA